AUAUGGUGGCAUGUGGACGAUGAAUUGACGACAAAGAAACGAUGGUGAUAUAUUUGUUUUCUUUAAUCGUUUCAUAAAUUUUGUAAUCAUAUUGAAUUCUGGGGUUUGAUUUGCAGGAACAAGAAUGGUGUUCCAUUGCCGAUGUUUAUCCUUCUCCUUCCAUGAAGAUGAAUAUGAAACAACAACUCAAACGAAAUCGACUUCAACUCAGACCUUUUAUACUGCUUCUUCGGAUCUAAAUCGUUCCGUAUCCGAUUCUCAAUCAAAGGUGUCCAUCUUCUCAAAUUUGGCCCAGAAAACAAGCAAUCUGAGGGUUUUCACGUUCGCCGACCUCAAGGAAGCGACUAAUGACUUUGAUCAGGCUUCCAUAAUUGGAGAGGGUGGACUUGGGUUAGUGUACAGAGGUGUGAUAAAGAGUUCGGAUCAUCCUUUUGAUGAAAUCGAGGUGGUUGUGAAGGACGCCAUUAAAGCAUCGCAGGGACCCAAACAGUGGGUGGGUGAGUUGAGUUACUAUGAGGUGGUUGAGCAUCCAAACCUAGUGAAAUUCGUUGGCCAUUGUUUUGAAGAGAAUGAAGGAAGAAUACAACGGCUUUUAGUCUACGAAUAUAUGCCUAAUAAAAGCGUGGAAUAUCAUUUAUCUACAAGGUCCAAAACACCUCUCUCGUGGACUAUGAGACUCAAAGUGGCUCAAGAUGUUGCUCGUGGCAUGGCAUACCUACAUGAAAAUCCGGUCGUUCAGAUUAUUUCCGGAGAUCUCAAAUCUUCCAACAUUCUUCUAGACGAUCAAUGGAAUGCCAAGCUUUCGGAUUUUGGGAUGGCUCGAUUAGGUACUGAAGAAGGACUCACUCAUGUCUGGAAUGUGGUCGCAGGAACCAUGGGAUACACGGAUCCGAAUUACAUCAAAGCAGGGCAUCUUUCGGUCACGAGUGAUGUAUGGAGCUAUGGUGUCUUCCUGUAUGAACUUAUCACAGGUAGGUGCCCAUUGGAUCAUAGUCCACCCAAGAAAGAACGGGAGCUUGUAAAAUGGGUUAAACCGUACAUAGGCUCAAAAAGGUUCGAGCAAAUCAUUGAUCCAAGACUAGAAGGUAAUUACUCACUGAAAUCAGCACAAAAGUUGUCGUCUAUAGCCCAGAAGUGCCUGUCUAGAAACCACAAGUUCAGGCCAAAGAUGGGUGAGGUCCUGGAAAUGGUUGACCACCUCAUUCAGGUUCCAUUGGGAGCAAUCAAUCCUGCACCACCUCCCAAGACCAAGAAUCUGGUCGGAGUUGUUGCCACCAAGUUGAAGAAUGUGUUUAUGUGUAACAGCAAAGUGUAAAAAGAUUCUUCAUUUAAAUACUUCAAAAAUUUCAAGAAAAUUUCUUUCUUUUAUGUAAAAAUUUAGUGUGUCUCUUUUUUGUGAUCGACUACACUCAAUAGUUGGAGAAGGAUAUUAUAUUGUAAGAAGGAAAUUUCUACUUGCUUUC